CCCCUCGACCACCCGUCGAACACGACGGAGGUCGUCCAAGCAGAAAUAAAGCUUUCUCUGUCGGAUUUCUAAUCGCAACACUAAUUCUCAUUGUAUAUCUCCUUUCCAAUUAAUCCAAAGUUUCGCCCGGCAAUUGUUCUAUUUCGGAUCAAUUGAUAUCGCGGAAAAUCUACAGAAUUGGCCCAGUUGUGUACGUCGAUUCUUUUAGGACUGAAUUACAGACAGGCCAGAAUGAAAGACCUUCAGUAGGUGCGACCAGAGAAGUAAACUAAUAAGAAUCCUCGCAGGGUUUCGAUAAAGUUUGGCCUAAAGCUUUCAUUUUUAAGCGGGAUGAUGACGCUUAAUGGGGAUAAUGAGAUCUUUGAUAAUUAAGAGCCCUUAAUUCUGCUAAUCCCCGCGUUUCUGCCUGAAUAAUUUCUAUUAGGCAUCAUUUUUCUCGCAUCAGGGCGUCCGAGCAGAUUAGGAUCUAUUGUGUGACGAAAAUUGACCACAUUUUGUAUCGCAUAAUUGGCUUAUGAGGUCUGCUGCUUUAUUUUACUGGUUAAAAGCAUAAAGCUCUUUUUUUACCUCUUGAUCUUUCUUAACUUUCUCCUCCCGGCUGACGUUUAGUUAGCAUUUACAUUCGAAAUCCCAAUUUAAAUAAUUUGUUACCUAUUUAAUUAUUUUCAGACAAAUGCAAUGAGAAAGAAACUCAGUUUUUCAAUUUUCAUCAUAUAUAUGAUCUUAUCAAACAUAACACGAAAGUUUUGAACAAAUUGUGUUCCCUAUCUGGAGCAUUGUCUCACCCUUCACCAACAAGCUAUGCGAGCUCAAGACGUGGAAUUGGAAAAUCAAAGGCUCAGAGAAUCCCUAAGCAACUACUCUCAGGAAUUAGACGAAGUAAAAAAUCAAGAAGCAACGAUUCAGGAAUUGAGAGAGAAGCUGAGGGAAUACGAACAAAAAGUUGAAACAUUGACUCAAAAUCUUGCCGAUCAGCGUUCCUGUCAACAGAGGCUGAAGAGUGAAGAAGAUCCGCGCGAGAAGAACGAUUAUCAAAGUGCUUUGGACGGAACGCAAGAAGAGAACGCAUCCGAAUCGAAGACCACCACCGAAGAUGUCAUUGCUAAAUUGAAAAACUGUCGUUGUGGCCAAUCCGUAGACAUAGAAAUGAUUAUGAACAGUUUAGAGAAAGCCAAUCAGAGGGCGACACAGGCCGAAAAGGAAGUAGCGCAGCUGAGAGAACAGCUGGCGGCCGCCAAGCACUCCCUUCAGCUAGCAGAUCAGAUCCAGAAAGCACCGGAUAUGGAACGGGCCGUCGACAUCGUCACACGCUCAUCGCUCCAGGUGGAGUUGUCUGCCAAGGAGAAUGAGAUAUCCCAAUUGAUGGAAGAUAUUCAGCAGCUUCAAUCAUCUCUCAACACUCUCAAGGAGACAAGUGCCUCCAAAAUUGCUCAACUUGAAGAACUCAUGGGACAAAAGGACAAGGUGAUCGACGAACUAGGAAGCAAGUUAAUGAGGCAGCACGAUUAUGAGGAUAUCAAAAGAGAGUUGGGAUUAAUAAAAUCUAUGGAGUUGGGCAAUCACCCGCCUUGGCCUACCUCUUAUGGGGGAAGAGACAGCCCUCGAGAUUCAAAACCUUCUAUCAAGUCUCUGGAGAUGUUGCUCCUGGCUAAAUCAAAGGGGUUGAAUUCAGAGGGAAAAAUUUCAAAAGUGGACAUUUCAGGUUCUCCGAAUCAAGCAGAGAGUCCCGGUUAUACUCCUUUUCAAAGUUUGGAUACGUUUAGCUCCCUUCUGGGGGAAGAGAUAGCUUCGACGUAUAACAAAACUCCGAAAAAAGAAUGCGCACCUUGUCCGACUUCACCGGAAGUGAAUGAAGAAAAUAAGCCUUUCGACCCGAAGAAAUCUUUACUCGAUAGAUGCCCGACAUUAGAAAGACUACAGAUCUGUUUGAGGCACAAUAUCGAUAAAUAUGCCAACGAAACGUUGAACACCUUGAACAUAUCGCGCUGUGUUCGCGAAUUGUUGAGUGUCCAUAACAUUGGACAACGCCUCUUUGCCAAAUACAUCUUAGGUCUGUCCCAAGGUACAGUCAGUGAACUUCUUUCUAAACCAAAGCCUUGGGAUAAACUAACCGAGAAAGGAAGAGAUUCUUAUAGGAAAAUGCACGCUUGGGCUAUGGACGAAAAUUGUAUCUAUAUGCUGAAGGAGUUAGUGCCAAAAAAGGGUAAAGAUUCUGGAAUAUCUUUGUACAAACAAGAAGACAACGGGGCUGACGAGAGAAUUGCUCAAAUUCUAACAGAAGCUCAUAUGGCUAUGGGUGUUUGCAAUAAAGACAACAAAAGUCCUCCAUUACAAAAUGGAAAUGCCUCAGAAAAACUUUCCGACGAAGGUCAAGAUCAAGAUGGAGAUUCUUCCACUAGCGAUUUUUUGAGGAAAAUGAGGAAAUACGAAGCAGACGAUAUCCCUCAGGAAAUGGUAGCCAAACUGUAUCAGGAAGAAUUAGCCAAAUUGAGAAGUCACCGAAUGUUGGACGAAAGUUAUCGCCCACCGACCAGAGACCAAUACGAAAGGACACAAGAAGAAAUUCGUCAGGCCUUAAGCAUUUAUCACCAAGAAUUAUCACGGUUGUCGCAAAUGACGCCCGCUUCUUCUCCCGGAGGUCCCAACGCUUUUCAUCGUAUAACGAGUUCUCUAAUGCACGGUGCCAUGGUAAAUGGAACGGGACCUUGCGGAGGUUAUAGUUCCCUUUCUCACGGUGCGAGCGAAGACGGUCCCAUAGACGCUACGGUUCAGUCUAGAAACAAACAAGACAAAUCGGAACAGGAAUCGGAUGGAGUUAGACACCACGGUAGUGCCUUCUCCCUCGUCAGACCGAAAACCGAACCGGGAACAGCCAAACAACCGGGUGUAGCCUGUUUGCACAACCCAAAUCCAAACCCGACGGGCGGAGGGCCUCCGCUUCUACCUCUAGCGGAUGUUCCUCCCGUUGCGGAUGAUCUUUCGAAUUCUGCAUCUCCUCUGCAGAGGAUGCAAUCCAUUACAAACUCUUUGCUCUCUCAAUCUUCAUUGCCAAAUCUUCCAACUCCUCCUCAGCGUCCAUCGAAAGCUGUGCUCCCACCCAUCACUCAGCAGCAGUUUGACCAGUAUAACAAUCUUAACACCGAGGAAAUAGUAAAGAAGGUGAAAGAGCAGUUGAGCCAGUAUUCAAUCAGCCAGAGAUUAUUCGGCGAAAGCGUACUUGGACUGAGUCAGGGUUCAGUUUCGGAUUUGCUCGCUCGACCUAAGCCUUGGCACAUGUUGACUCAAAAGGGGAGGGAACCCUUCAUCCGGAUGAAGAUAUUUCUGGAAGAUGAUAAUGCAGUUCAUCGACUGGUCGCAUCUCAAUAUAAAAUUGCUCCCGAGAAAUUGAUGAGGACAGGAAACUAUGCGUGUUCAAACGUCCCGACAGGCGUUACGAAAUUAGCACCUCAAAGACAGCCAGAGAACAAUUAUCCCAGAACUCCAGAUUGCCGUCAGGGUAGCGUAUCCACUUAUCCUCCACUUCAGGAUGCACCUCGCUCCACAUCUUCCACACCAGAUGGUCCCACUCUUCCAGUUAUGUCCACUAGUCCAACAUCGAAUGGGGCUGCGAGAAGAUCAGCACUCAGUCCACGAACUUUAAACUAUAUGCAGCCUUCCGUCUACGAGAUGGCCGCAUUAACCACCGAUUUAGAUACUCAGACAGUGACGUCACGCAUUAAAGAGGCUCUUAUGGCACAUAAUAUUGGGCAAAAAAUUUUUGGCGAGGCAGUUCUUGGCUUGUCGCAAGGAUCGGUGAGUGAACUCUUAUCGAAGCCAAAACCUUGGCAUAUGCUCAGUAUUAAGGGCAGAGAGCCUUUCAUUCGGAUGCAACUGUGGCUUAACGAUCCCCACAAUGUAGAAAAACUUCAACUUUUAAAAAAUGAGAGGAGAGAAGCUAACAAGCGCCGACGCAAUAACAGUGAACCAGAAGUUCAGAGGUUGCCCAUAGACAAUCAUGUAUUUAACUUUGCCGCACCUCCAUCACCAUAUCCACCGGUAAAGAAACCAAGGGUCCUCUUUUCGGAUGAACAGAAAGAAGCGCUCCGACUCGCUUUCUCUCUGGAUCCUUAUCCCAGUACAUCCACAAUCGAAUUUCUCGCCAACGAAUUGAACUUGUCAGUCAGGACCAUAACGAAUUGGUUCCAUAACCAUAGAAUGAGGAUGAAGCAAUACUCUUCUAACAGUGAAGAUUCUAAACAGUCGGAUGGAUCUCUAUCUGUUAGGGAAAGCGUGAACUUUGAUCCCGUCCAGUUUCGCAUCUUAUUGAACCAGCGGCUGGCGGAAAUGUGUCGAGAUCAAGUGACUGGAUACGGCAAUGGUCUGCCCUACGUUUACUCACCUUUUCGAAAUUGUUCACCUGUUUCUUCACACGGAGACGAACCCGCUACUUUAGAUUUAAGUAUGUCUGCUCAUCAUGCGGGACAUUCGGAUGUCGAAGGAGGAAUAUCGAAAGAAGGUCUCAGUUCAACGUCCAGUGACGAUUCCAACUUCUCCGCUCAGGAUCAAGGAGGCGAAGCCAGUGAUCACGAAGUACCCCAAGUGGUUCAAGCAUCUCUCUCAAGCAGUUCUAGUAGCAGUAAAAGGCGAAAACCGGCGGCUCCUCAAUGGGUAGAUCCUGGUCUGGAGAUGUCGGGAGAUAGCGACGUGUGUGGUGACGAAGAGGACGAGGAGGAGGAAGAUAAAAUCAUCAACGGAGUAUGCGUCCGUCAGACGGACGAUUUCGGUAUGCACAUGGAACAGGAUCACACAGUGCGAGUGGAGCCAGCACCGCCUCCAGCCUGCGAUUACAGACAAUCUGGGGACAGUACUGACACUGAAGUAGUAGAAUCUCCCGACGAGAACGAGACUAGGACAGCCGAAGAAGAGGAGGAAGGUCGCUCCAGGACGGAAGAAUGGAACGACGAAGAGAGGCAAACCAAUAUCGAGAAACUACAGCAAAAACUCGAGAAGCACGAGGAAGGAGUCGACUGGGAGUUUUGAAGCUCCUCCGUCUCGAAACCUGACAUGAAGUUAGGGAGUCGUGUGUCCUGGCGGAAAUUAUCCAUAAUCCGUCUUGCGACCUGUGCCUACCUGAAUUAGGCUUGAGCAGUCGGAUCCAAGACGAAAACGGUGACUAAUCCGAACAGUACUGUAAAUAAGAAGUUACGAUCAAAGCGAAUAUUUCAAGAGUUUAGGCAAAUAAAAGCCUGAAGUCACCUCAUUCUCCAUUAAUCGGAGCGUCUGCAGGAGAACUGGAGUCGCCUGAGCCUAAAACUAUUUCUCCGCGUAGUUAUUACUUCGACGCCUCAUGUUUGUCUGUGGUUGAUGGCGAUAAGAGCCUUUAGGCAUCUUGUACCCACCCCAUUUACGUCCAGUUGCGAACACGUGACUCACCAUUUCAGAACAUGUUUGUGCACCCAUUCCCAUUCGAUCAUAUCUUCGUUAGGUUUGUUACAGGACCUAAGGCAAACGCAAGUAUCGUUCUUAAAUAGUCACGUUAAAAUGCCAAACCGACGCCUGAAGGACUCAUUUGAAUCUUGGGAUGAACCAAGUUCCAGAAGAAACAUUUGUUUACCAUCGAACUUUAUGUUUAGUGUUUUAUUUAAAGUAUUUAUACAUGUAUAAACUCAUUCGAAUGGAAUAUACUGAUAACUGCUUAGCAAUAAUUGCUAGACGCUAGAGGUGCCACAAAGUGGCCAAGAUUGUACGAGUCGACGUCAGCCUAACGAAGAAGUCCGCCAUAUAUUAAAUCUUCAUCUUGUCCUUCCAACUUUGAUCUUAAGAUAAUGGCCCGCAAUUUUCUCCGGAACGAAAAAAUCCCGGCCGAAUCCGCAUUAGUUUUAAAGAAUAAUUAUUGUUGAAAGUACCUGAAAAAGCAACGCAAAGGUGCAUUCGAAUGCGAGACGAAACACGCUCAAAAUUUUACUCAUAAUUUCGACGGCGGAAAUUAGAAUAGACUUGAAAAGUCUUGACAUUUGUUUGGCCCCGGACGCCAACAAAAGUCCGGGACUAAAAGGGAGAGGUGCAAAAUCAGCAACCGUUGUUAUGUAAUCUGUGAUAAGAGGAUGCAAAUGUGGGCAUUAGCGAGGCGAAUCUCUACCCUCAACGGUACCAGGAAGAUCCGUAUGGUAUUCAGGGGUUCCCUUUUACGUACCCAGCUUCACGUGCAAUCAAUCUUAUCCAUGUUUGUUCCAUUUCUGUAUCCCUGUGUCCAACGGCUUCCACCUCAUUGUCAUUCUCUCUUUUGUGUUUUCGAAGAAAGGAAACACGACUUGUGCAGUAAUGUUUGAUAUAUUCGGAUUAUUAAUAAUCACUAUUUUUACUCCAUCGUUCUCAAAUAAUAUUAAUAACAAUAAUAAAGUUGGAAUUCUCUCGAA